UCCAGUUGGCGGUCAGACAGAAAGGCAUCCGUAUUACGGGACUACGAAAUGAAACUUGGAGAUACGAUCCCUGCUUUUUCCGCUACCACAAAUCUAGGCAAGAUCGACAAUUUCCAUGAUUGGAUUGGUGAAAGCUGGGCCAUAUUGUUUUCGCACCCCGCCGACUUCACUCCGGUCUGCACAACUGAACUGGCUCGUGCUGCUCAGCUGGCACACGAAUUUCAAGUUCGAAACGUGAAGAUGAUUGCUCUGAGCUGCGAUUCGGCUGAAUCUCAUCGUCAGUGGAUCGAAGAUAUUGUUGCCUACGCUAAAGAUCCCAACGUUACCAACAAGGGAGACGGUUUUCCUUUCCCCAUCAUUGCUGAUGAAGAUCGCAAGUUGGCAGUCGAGCUGGGAAUGCUUGACCCUGCCGAGAAGGAUAGCAAGGGAAUGCCAGUGACCGCACGUGCUGUAUUCAUAAUAGAUCCACUCAAAAAGCUUCGCGCUCUGAUUCUUUACCCUGCCACGUCCGGAAGGAACUUUGACGAAAUCCUUCGCGUUAUCGACUCGAUGCAAUUGUCUGACCGUAUGCCCAUUGCAACUCCCGAGGGGUGGAAGAAUACUAAGGAUGCUUGUAUGGUUCAGCCAAGUGUACCUACUCCUAAAGCUGAAGAACUGUUUGGGAAGGUCAAUAUUGUCGAAAUGCCUAGCGGAAAGCCUUACAUUCGUCAGGUUAACCUUGACAAAUAAGUAGUGCAUUUGACUGCAUCAUCUUUUACCUCAUUCUUGCAUAUUACACCUCUUCACCAGUGUGAUGGUAUGAGUCACCCUUACACUGUUGGUUGUGAAAGAUUAAUGAAAUUCUCACGUUCCAUACAUUGUUGAUUCGGUGAGUGUUACUUUGAGCAACAAAAAAACCUUGGGU